CUUUGAUCUGGCUGCAUCGAGAGGCCCUGCUGGUUCGUGAUUCUUUUUUUUCUAUUUCGCGGUUGAUGUUGAGCUCAUUUUUGAAUAGAAGAGGACGAUAUCGAUAGAAGGUACGGAAGUGAGCAUCUACAUUAACAUUAAACAUGUGAAAAGAGUACUACUCGUUCGCAAUUUUUCGACCCGUGCCCGUUUUCCAAAUUAAAAAUACAGAGAGGCAAAAAGAACCAUAGCCCGUCCGGGACUGAUAAAUCAUCAAGAUGGCUCCAUUCAGUAUCAACUCGAGGAAGCUCCUCUGGUGGUGGUUUUCUUUCGGCCCCGCGGUUUUUCUCUACAACUUCGAUCCGCAGCUGACCUUUUUCGCCACCGUUUGCGCGGCCAAUGUGCAGUGUCACUGCGACCACCACGCUUCUGCCUGCACGUGCGGGUCGGAGGAGCUGCGCAGGACACCCAGUGGGUAUUUGGUGCCAGUAGAAAUUUUGGUAGGUGGAAAAGCUGCGGGUGUAACAAAUGGAAAUGCUGUGCAGCUGAACCCGUCAGGGGACCACAGUGCAACUACCGUUCUUGUUCCCGCCCUGGCGACGGCGAUUUUUUCAUCAAACAACAAGAAUGAUUACGGCGCGCAGCUGCUAGCGGCACCAUCGAGUACAACUUCAAGCUCGCAAACAACCACUUCUGCGACUGUAGCUACAACACCUGUGAAGAAAACAAGUCUACCCUCGUCACCACCGCCACAAGAACCAUCUUCACCGCCUGCGCCACCGCCGCCCGCGGCGGCGCCGACGCCAAGCCCACCAAGCUACGGGCCGCCUCCUUUCGUCGCCAAUUUUCUAAAAAAAUUCGGAAUUCCCUUCGGCAAGCCAAGUGGUGGUGGUGGUGAUCCCGCUGGUGAGGCGAAAGCUGAAGCUGCCGGAAACGCCAAGAACUCGGAAAAAUCUUCCGUAUCGUCUGCGAGCAGUGGCUUUGCCGGGAUGAUUCCGGGCGGGGGCGGCGGACCGCCGGCGUUUAUUGCGGACAAACUGAAGGCCUUCGGCAUUCCGGUGGGAAAACCGGAUGGAAAACAGGCUAGCAGCCCCGGGUCGCCUGCUUCAGGGAUACCGUCUUUUGAGUCCAGUUUCGCAGGAGGACCCCCCUCUUCGCCGGGCGGUGGUGCGUCGGGCGGUGGCCCGCCGCCUUUCAUCGCGGACAAGCUGAAGCAGUUUGGUAUUCCAGUCGGCAAGCCGGACGGCAAACAACUACAACCGGGUGGAAUCGAAGAUGAUAAAAAGACCGCCGGUGCAGCAGCAUCUUCGCCCUUUGCCGCCGCUGGCGGCGGAGCAGGAGGUCCCCCACCGUUCGUGGCAGAUAAGUUGAAGCAGUUCGGUAUUCCGGUGGGAAAGCCUGAAGGGAAACCUGCUGGGGAUGAAGCUGCAACUACUCCUUGUCCUGCUGGGGCACCUUCUUCAACAUCAGAAGAUGCGCAUGCAACUCCUUCUAGCACCAGCAGUGGCCCCCCGCCAUUCGUCGCAGACAAACUGAAGCAGUUUGGAGUUCCGUUGGGGAAGGAUGAUAAAUCUGAGAACAAGAAACUUGCAACUCCAGCAGGGGCGGGUACGUCAACACUACCGGAACAGCCCAAGGCGAAAGCACAAGCAGCACCACCAGCAGCUUCGCAUGAAGGAAAUUCUGCUUCACCCGCGGUUGGUGCUCCAGCGCCGAAGGAAAAUCCGACGAAGAAAGCAGCUUCCCAUUCUGCUGGUGCACCAGGACCACCAGCUACAGCCGCUGCAAGCGCCAGCAGUCCGAAGCCCAUCGUGCAGGCCGGCACGGUUGUACCCUUGCAGCGCAUCCUUGUUGAGAAAAAAGCACAGCGAAAGAGUGCUACAGAUUUGUUGUUCAAUCCCGCCACGACUACGGCAACUACGCCACAGUUCCGCCUGCUCAAUCUGGCCACGCUGCUCGCCCAAGACUUCCGGCCGAUGGAGCUGCUGCAAAAUGUCGCGUAUCCUGCGCAAAACAAGUAUCGUAUAGUAGUACUUCAACAUCUAGUAGAAUAAAUCACUAUUUCCUCUUCAGCAUGAGAAAUGCAAUUCAGUUGUGUAUAUGGUAUGAGCAGUGCGAUACAACUUUUGCGAAUGCAUAUCGCGGACGCGCAGUACAUCGGCACGAUCGAGGUGGGAACGCCCAGCGAAAAGGUGAAUGUCGUAUUUGACACGGGGAGCAGCGAUUUCUGGCUGCAGCUGGACAAGAAGUCCUCGACGCUGCAGCAAAUCGCGACGACGCUAUGAACUGUAAAAGUAUCGUACUAGUACAACAAAUCACAUGGCAAAUUUCCUGAGCAAGACAAAUAAAAUUUGUAAUGCGGAUUUAACUUGUAGUGCAUGAAUGCGAUUAGUACGAGUACGAUACUUUUGCACAGGAUAGACGCCGACCGUGAUCAACUACGGCAAGGGGAGCGUGAUGGGUUACGAGUCCAAGGAUCGCAUUCGCAUCGCGGGCGUGGUAAUCCCGGACCAGGAAUUUGUAGUGGUCGACCAAACGCAAGAUUUGAACAACGCCCUCUUUCAUGGCGUGAUCGGCCUGGCGUUCGAGGGCUUGUCGGUCAACAAACAGCCGGAGCAGACAUUCCUGGCACACAUGCUUCGCGGUGGGGUGGACGGGUAUGUAGUAGGGACGGGUUGUUGAUGCUUUUCUGUACAUGAUUUUUACGAUAUUUGUACUGCAAGAGCAAAAGGAGGGAAAGUCCACGACUCUACGCUGAAUUUGCAAUAUGACCCGCCAGUUUAGCUACUUUAAGAGCGUCAGACCGUUGCUCGUCACGUUUUGCGACGAAUGCGGCGAAAAAGCUAGCGGUAAGAAAUAACCCGACCAAUGAAGAAGAUUUUUACAUCGAUUAAACAGUUUCUGUGUGUACCUGACGGGGGAAUACAGCGGUGAGGAUUCCAAGGUCGCCUUUGGUACGACGAUCCCCGACUCGUGGCCUUACGACCGGAGCAGCCUGGCCUUCGUAUGGCGUUCUCAACUGUUACAUUCCCAACUGUUGCAUGAAUCUGUGAUGCAAGAAGGGCAAAACUGAAAGCAAAGGGGGAAGAUUGCGCCUUUUGCAUGACAGAUUUGAUGGCACAGAUUCAGAGCCUGUUUGGGCCUUGCAGAAUUUGUCAUGCGCAGCGGCUUGAAGAUCGCGUCGAAUCUGAUUGGAGUUUUGCAUGACAAAUCAUGUAGUAACAGCUGAGGAUGUAACGUUUGAGAGCGCCAUACUUCGCCCCCGUAGCCUACGACGCGAAGCUGUGGUGGGCGUUUCCCGGCAGCCUGGCCGUCGGCGGGGCGACCUUUGAAUCCAACUUUGUGCUGGACACGGGCACCAGCUUUAUCGCCAUGCCGCGGUCGCUAUCAAUUGCAAAUAUGUCUGGGUCUGGAGAUUUGUGAUGCUAAAAUAAAUGUGCAUGAUGAAAAAAAAUCCUCAUGCAGGAAAGCAUGACAAGUUGUCUGCACAACGCUUUAUCAUACGAACUCCGCACGAGAAGCUGCGUUUUUGUAUGACGUGACAGGCUGCCGCUUAUUUUGUUGGUCAUGCAAUACAGAUUUCACAGGAAUGCAAGACCAGCAUUACAAGUUCCAACUUUCCAGACCCAGACAUAUUUGCAAUUGAUAGUCGCUGUUCGUGGUGUUUCUCAUGGGGUUGCUAGGUCCCGCCGCGUUUUCAGAUUGCGCCUUGGCGCUGCCGCAGCAGCUCUGGAUGUGCCCCUGUCAAACCGCGGCGACAGCGUAUUAGCAAUAAUAUCAGUUUGAUGUUCGACUUCGAUAGAGCUUUUUGCCAACCCGAACGCAGCAGCUUCAGCUUCUACAGCUGCACCUGAAAUAGGAGCACCUUAUUCCACCUUAACAAUUUCUCUUUCGCAGACCACCGUUAGCAGAAGGCAGCGAGUGGAAAGCGGAGACACAACAUGAUCAAGAUGAACUUCAACUCUUCAACAAACCUAAAAAACAAAACAGCAACACCGUGACCGUAGAGAUGAACGGGCAAUCGUAUCCGAUCAGUCCGGCGGAGCUCUUCCAGCCGACCGGACUCCCCUCGCCGGAGAGCAGCCGGGCCACGGGGGAAGCCGACACCCUGUGCCUGCUCGAGGUCAUAUCAAAUGUAAAAGUGUCUGGGUCUGGAAGAAUGCAACUUGUCAUGCUAAAUCUAAAGCAUGCAAAAAUCUGUGCUGCAUGAUUACCAAAAGUCGUCCAGUUUUGACCAAGUCGGGAGGGAGUUUCUCAUGCAGGAUAGGCAUGAGAGAGAUCGCGCAGAAUCUGUCAUGCUAGGUCCUGCAUUCCAGACCUCAUGGGUCAUGGAAAAGCUGCGUGACAAAUCGCGCACUCUUCCAGACCCAGGCACUUUUGCAUUUGAUAGGUCAUGCCGACAAACGAGAACAUGCCGUUUCUCUUGGGGGACACCUUCCUCCGUCGCGUCGUCGCGGUGUUUGACGCAAAGAAUCAAAGAGUAAUUUUUUAUGUAUGAUACUAGAGUUGUACGCCUUACCUUUUUCUCUUUCUGUAUGAUUAAUCUUUGAAGUUGUGGAUGUUCUUGUAACAGCAACUCUAGCUCUAGUUUUAGCUGCUGCUGUUCUCUUGGACGAUUCUCCUCGACCGAAGAUCACAUAACGACUAUGAAAUUUGUCAGGUCGGCCUGGCUCGCCGCGCUUCGAGCAAAAAGGCUCCUGCCGAUUCGGCUGCUGUUGAGACGGGAGAAGCUUUCAAAACGACCCGUGAAACUACGACAAGCGAAACAAGAACCAAUGAAAUCGAAGCGGGUCCUGCGGGCUCGUCAAAAACACAACUUAGGUUGAUUCAAGAUGACCACGACAGCACUCCAUCUGUGGAGGUCGUCGUGACAGGAACGGACAGGAGGCAGAUAAAAGCCGCUAGUAGUGGUGCCUCCUCUUCUUCAGAUUCAAGAAUAGUAACCGCGACACGACAACAACACGGGCAACCCGUGGCACAACAAAGAAGUGCUCAGCACGUUCAACUGUUUUCGUUCACCGUGACAGCGUUUGCCUGUAUGGCCAUGCUGCUGUCCGUUUUGCUUUUGUUACGGGCUGGCAGACACGAAGACGACGAUAUCGCGCACAACUACUUCUUCGGGAACAACGCAAGAGGAGAUGGCGGCGUGGAGCGACCCUACGUGCAAAUGCAAGACUAGGUCGAGAACGUGUUGGAGGAUGAGCACCAACCGGAUUUCUGCUCCUUUGGACAAAAUUUUCGAAGUGAUAUGCUAAAUUUUGCAACAACUUCGCUAAGAAUUACGAUAGCAAGAAUCGCCGCGCAAAAGCAGCGAUGAGACAUGGGUCAGCUAAUGACUAGCAUGUACUAGCGUCAUCUCGUUCUUCGUCAUAAAUAAAAUAUAUCAAGCACACACUAAUAAAUAUUGUAAAACGAUGCUGAAGCAGCUAACGCCUCCGUCC